UUCACCAAUCACAUCACUGCGUCACACGGGUCAAAGUGUCAUUACACGUGAAACUCCGCCUUAAACAAACUUGCACUAGAUAUCAUCAUCAUAAACUCUCGAUUUUGCCUGUAACAAAGUUAUAUUUUGUAGUCUAUUUAAAGCCAGUGUUUAAGGAAUCUCUGCACUAGAGGAAGCGCACUGUGAGGAUGGAGAGCUCCGGUGACCCCAGUGGGCCUCCACGGACGCCGCAUGUAGGGGGAGCCAGAGGGUUGCCGAUGGGUCGCCGGCUGCCCGCUUCAAUCUCUCCGGGACGCCUGCCCACAAUGCGCUCCAGAGACCUCACAUUAGGAGGAGUCAAAAAGAAAACCUUCACGCCCAAUAUUAUUGGUCGAAAAUCAAAAGAGGAAUUAAAAGCUGAUGAAGGAACGAGACGGGAUAAGAAGGAUGUGGAUCGAGGUCGGCAGCGGGACAGCCGAGGGAGGGGCCGAGGUCGCCCUGAGGUCAUCCAGUCACAUUCUAUCUUUGAACAGGGUCCUGCAGAGAUGAUGGCCAAGAGGAAAGGUGUAUAUGAUGAUACCAGAGAAACGGCAAACAGUGGCCCUUCACCCAUCAUCAACAUCAAAAAGGAGAGAGAAACCGAAGAGGAGACUAAAGAAAUCCUGCGCAAACUUGAGAGGGACAAUUUUCUGGACGACCCUCACCUGAGAGGUGAGAGAGGAAGCUGUCCUGUGCAGCUGCCGCUGGCUGUGUCGGGAUGGGUCUUCAAAGAGGAGUUUAGUGAGGAGACACUCAAAUCGGUGAAGACCUCUUCAGAUCCUGAACCGAUGAGCACUGCUGACAGCACUGGAGCUGAAGUGAAGAUCAAGCAGGAGCCUUUGGAUAUUCUUGAACCGAAGAAGGCGGAGCCUAUGUUCAGGCCGCCGCCCUUGCCCAAACCUGAUCUGCUGCCUGAUUUACUGGAGGUGUGGAAUCACUGCAAAGAGGAGGAGCUUCUCUUCAUGCAGCUUCCUGACAGUCUGCCAGGCCAGCCGCCCACCAGUGACGCCCGGCCCACCAAAACAGAGGUGCAGUCGAGUGACGGACAGACCGUGAUGCAGAAGACCGAGACUCAGGAUGAAUCUCAAGAUGAGAACACCUGUUGUCUUAAGGAUCUACAAGAGGGUUUGGUGGGAAAGAUGCUCGUGAGGAAGUCAGGCAAAGUGCAGCUUAUUCUGGGUAACGUCACCCUGGAUGUGGCCUUGGGAACACCCUGUGCCUUCCUGCAGGAGCUGGUCUCAGUAAAUACAGAGGGCAGAAGGGGAGACAUGUCUGUGCUGGGACACAUUAAACACAAGUUGGUUUGUUCACCUGACUUCCAGGCUCUUCUGGAAAACAGAGCUUGAGGAGCGGCUGCUAGAAUUGCCAAUAAUUCACUUGAAUGCUGUAAAUCAAUUGGUGAGGAAAUGUUCCCAUGUACUCUCACAGAUGGAGAACUGCGAGUGAAUGAAAUUUAUUUAUACUGUAUGCUCAAGGAAAUUUAUUUGAGAAUUUACGAAAUGUCUUUUCAAGAUGAGACACUAUUACACAUGUACAUAUUGUGGGUUAAAAUAAAUAACACAUUUAUAAAAAAAAAAAAUCUGGGUUUGAGUUAAAGCUUAAGUUAAUAAAAAGUGCCAUAAACCUCUCCUUUUUAUUUUUGUGAAUUAUUUUAAAACCCUGAAUCAGCCUCCUAGUGGUGGGACUGUGCUGACAGGCAGAUGUGAGUUUCAUUAGAGGAUGUUUGUGUAAUCAUGAAGGUCAGCAUAAUUAUAUUUUAUUGUAUUUUAGAGCACUGUUCCUCUGAGUAAUAUUCAGUCAUCACUUUCUGGAUAUUAUGGAGCGGCUAAAGAGGCAAAAAAAUGUUAUUUGAAUGCUUUUGCAUUCCCACGCUAAUGUUUUGGGUUCCCCUGAGAGACUUUCCAUUUGCUUGCAAAACUUGUUUAAAACAUUAAUGAGAAAACCCAUCUCAUAUUUUUUUUCCAUCAUCAUGUCCCUUUAGGCACUCUGUUGUAUUUAGAUAGAUAAUGGAGUCACUAAUUUUGCUGCAUGAUUAUGUUUUGUGUGAGGAAAAUAUCAAGCUUAUAGCCUCUGUUUAACUUGAGUAGCUACAAUAUUAAAAAGGGAUGCAAAAUAUAACAAUACCAUAUUGGUUAUGAAUCGAUAUUAGAUACAGAAU